GGGCGGAGGCGCGGGCGGCCCCCCGCCCCCACCAGCGAGUCGGAGAAGGACUCGGGCUUCUCAGAUGCCAGCUCCGAGUACCUGAGUACCCUGGACCAGACCGACACGGAGGAGUCGGCUGCCCAGCGCCUGCCCAAGCCUCCACGGCCGCGCCGAGCCCCAGGGUUCGGCUGCCCCUUCCCUAGCCUGGCCCCCAUCUAUAUCGUCAAGAACGUGAUCCUCAAGCAGCCGCUGGGAGGCUCGCCUGGCCCCCAGCUCCUGGCCUGGAGCCACCCCCCGCUGGAUGCUGCGCAGAGCCAGGCCCGGCUCCUCUUCCUCCCACAGUCCAUGCCCACAGCAGCUCUCAAGCCCCUGCGGCCCGGCCGGAAGCCACCAGCCAAGGACACCUACUUGCCCAUCCUCAAAGCCUACCCCAAAAUUGCCCCCCACCCGGACCGUGGCCGGGAGAGCAAGGCGGGGCCUGCACUGGCACCUGCAGCAGGGACCAGCAGCACCAGCCACAGCAAGACCAAGUGCUUGUGCCUGGAGGAGGCCUCGGUGCCACCCGUGCCUGACAGCAGCAGCCAGGAGCUGGCACCCUCAGCCGGCAGCCCACCGGCGCCACUGCCCCGGGACGUGGUGACUUCCUCCACAGAGUCAGGGGGCAGCCUUGCUGCUGUGGACCCUGCUGAGGGGAGGAUGCUGUCUCGUGCCUCCAAGAAACUGGGCCCGAGCCUGGGGAAGCAGCGGCGCUUCCACAACACGGUGGAGAUCCUGCGGCGCUCGGGGCUGUUGGGCAUCACGCUGCGGACCAAGGAGCUGCUGCGGCAGAACAGCAGCACGCAGCGGGAGAUUGCAGAGCUGCAGGAGCAUGCGCGCCUGCUGUGUCAGGCUGUGCAGGGCAAUGACGCCCAGGCCUGGGCCCGGCUCCAGGACGCCAUCAGCCUUUCGCCUGCCUACGGGGCCAAGUGGGGCCGUGUGGGGCUCAGCCGCCCUGCUGCACUGGGGCCUGACUCCACGGCUGCUCCCACAGACUCACACCGGGAGCCCCCGCCCAGCUCACCCCCAGGCCUGGCACUGGCCCCGGCCCCGGACAUGGUGCCUGCACCCCUGCCUUAGCCUGUGGCCACGCUCAGCAAAUAAACCUGUUCCAACACCCA